UGUUUCGCUGACGACAUUGCUCCAUCGCACAAACGAAGGUGACAUUGUUCCAAGCAGUGCUCAAAAGGAGAGCGGUAUAGAAGACAACUUUGGCGACGAGGCUAUGCCAGCAUAUGACGAACGCAGUGGUGUGCAGAGGUGUACCUAUACUUUAGUUGAAGCAGCAGAGGAAGCCUGCAGAUCUGCCUUUGCUGACUCCUGCUCAUAUGCCUGCUGCUGCUGCGAACGCAAGCUGUUCAGGCAAUCCGUUGUGGAGGUCACGGAAAACAUGUAUGACACACUCAUCGAGGAGUGGGCUACCAAUCUAGCAGGCUGGGUAACACGGCGCGGUGUGGGCUACAUGUGCCACACAUGCCUUGGCAGCAUUCGUAGGGACCGGUGCCCAAGGUUUUCAUUGGACAACGGGCUACAACUUCCAGAGGUUCCACCUGAGCUGCAAGGCAUUCCCGAGCUUGCAGAACGGUUGCUUGCUAUACGCAUACCAUUCUUGCAGUUACGGAGACUUCCAACUGGAAACCAGCAUGGGCUGAAAGGUAUGGAUGGUACAGCCUGUCCAGUUUGUUUUCUUUUUCUGCGCAAGCCUUCCCACCGCCCAGUCCUCACCACACCUAGCUUUCUCUUGCCGUACCUCCCCUUGCUUUCCUUUAAGAACCGUCCCUGUUCUUGCUUUCCUAUCCCAUUCCCUGCCCACGCCCUCCCUGAGCUGCCAUGCCUUUAUUGUUCUUACCAUGCGACACCCCUUGCCAAUCCAUCCUGUCCCCAUCCCUGUGCUUCAAUCCCUUUGCCCCUUAUGCCAUAACGAGCCUCGCCUUUCAUUCCGUUGCCUUCACUUCCAUCCCCUCCCCUCCCCUGCCAAAGCUUGGCUCCCAAACUCAGCCUCUCUGGAUAGUAUAGCCUCCACGGUUCAAUACACUUUUCUAUGCAAGCCUUGCCACCGCCCUGUCCUCCCCACCCCUACUUUCCUGUUGCCUUACCUUCCCUCGCUUUCCUUUCACCACCUACCCUGUUCUUGCUUUCCUAUCCCUUUCCCUGCCCACGCCAUCCUUCAGCUUCCAUGCCUUUAUUGUUCUCUCCCCACGACUCCCAUUGCCAAUCCAUUCCCACCCCAUCCCUGUGCUUUUAUCCCUUUGCCCCUUCUGCCGUAACGACACUUCCCUUUCAUUUCUGAGACCUAGGACCGCGCGUCAGGUACUGUGCACGCCUCUGAUACCCUCGGGUUGCCAACGCAAUUGAGACCCUCCUUACUAGCAAGACGACUUGCCCCUGAGGGCCGCAGACGCCAGGCUUGCCGGUGCAAUGAGCCAAUUGCCACUGUACAGGCCUGAGGCUCGACGCUGUAAACGCCAC